GUUGUUGUCGAAAUACGGUCACCUUGGCUGGCAGGCGAGGAAAAUUAUUUAUAUUUUAGAAUCCACGACGCUUCGCAUACGAAAAUUUGCCGAAUUAUUAUAGUUACGCACAAAUUUUAAACGCAUCGGCGUGCAAAUGUCCAAGUGUGCCGCUAAACAACCCAAAAUUAUGUGUUAUUUGUGUUCAAAUGGUUACGCAGCAACCAAUUCACACAUAAAAAUAUAGUCGGACACCGCGGCCAUCAACAAAAAACGAAAACCUGGAAUGAAAUUUGUGUGCGCAAACGGCAAUACUGCAUGCUGAAAAUUAAAAACGUGCAAAUCAUUUCGGAUUGCCGCACAUAAGAAUGCGCUCAAAAUUUGUAGUGUAAUUUAUUAAAAAAAAAGCAGCAAAAUUGCUGCCGCUGCUUUGCGGUGGUGGUGCAAAAAGAACAUUAAAUCGGUGGCAAGAAGAAGAGCCAGUAAGUGAGAAAAUUGUAAUUAAAGAAGAAAACGAAAAGAUAAUCAUCGCUGUGUCUAACAAAAUCAAUUAAUCAUAUCAAAUAAAAAAAAAUAAAUAACAAAACGGUGAAUUAUUGCAACGUGCAGCCCAUAUCGCAUAUUGUGUUAUUUGUGCUGCAGGUGCUGCUGCUGCUGCUUGGCGCUACGCUGCUCAGAGACGCUGCCAACGCUGACGACAUGCGCGCGUAGAGUUGCCAGCUCUGAAAUUGCCAAGGUAGUCGCAUUUGUGGCGGCUUCUGUCCUCACAGAGAUUUAUAUAUAUUUUUUGGACACUUUUCACAUUGGGAUGCAGUGGUAAAUGGUGCAGCAAUUAAUUAAAAUCUAUAGAACACUCAAGGAGCUCCUUUUCGCACAGGUUGGCAGCCCCGCUCGGCUAAAGGAAGCAAACAUUGAGUGCCGCAUUUCCAUACAAUUUGUAUUUUGAAUAAACGCGUCGUGAUCCCGCGGAUCGACGACGCCAUUAGAUAGAAAUUUUCGUUCGCCCCGUAGUUAAAGAAAAGCUGCCACCAUUCGGAAGAAAAACACUUCGAAUAUGACCCACAAUAUCGGUAUGGCGCCAUAUCGUUUGCCGGGUCCAGCGGGCGGUCUCUGUCCGCCUGAUUUUAAGCCGCCGCCACCGACGGAUAUCAUCUCGGCGCCGAGUAAUCCGAAAAAACGACGGAAAACAUCAAAUGCGGCCAAUUCGGCGGCGGCAGCUGCUGCAGCGGCGGCAGCUGCGGCGGCUGCCGCUGCCAAUUCGAUGCAACAACAACAAUCGGCGCCGCCAACACCGCAGGAUUUGUUGCCACCGCCGCCGAUGGGCGGUUUCGGUGAUACAAUCGUCGCCUCCAAUCCGUUCGAUGACAGCCCCCAGGUAUCUGCCAUGUCCAGCUCAGCAGCCGCUGCGAUGGCGGCUAUGAAUCAAAUGGGCGGCGCCGGCGGACCCGGCGGCCAUUUUGGCCCGCACCCGCAUUGGGAGGAGCGCAUGGGCAUGGGCAUGCAUCCGCAUAUGCAUCCACAUCCGCAUCAUCCAAGCGCCGGCGGCGGACCCAUGGGCCAUGGGCCACACGGACCGCAUCAUAUGGGUGGGCCUCCACCCAUGCGCGGCAUGAGCCCAUUGGGACCUGGCGUGAGCCCCUUAGGACCUGGCGUGCAUCCGCAUGGCAUGGGCCCCGGCGUCGGACUGCCGCCUCACAUGAAUCAUGGUCGAGCCGGCGGAGUACCCAUGGGCAGUCCAAUGGGCGCAAUGGCUGGCAUGGGCGGCAUGAGUCCAAUGGGCAACAUGGGAGGACCAAGCAUAUCCCCACAUCAUAUGGGUAUGGGCGGACUAUCACCCAUGGGCGGUCCGAACGGGCCUAAUCCGCGUGCAAUGCAGGGAUCGCCCAUGGGCGGUGCUGGUGGACCGAUGCCCGGACAGAAUUCGCCAAUGAACUCGCUGCCAAUGGGCUCGCCCAUGGGCAAUCAAAUUGGCAGUCCACUGGGUCCAGGACCUGGGCCCGGGCCGGGCCAACAACAACCAGGAACCCAACAGCAGCAGCAGCAGCCACAAAACCCGCAACAGACGCACAUGAACAAUGGACAAAUGGGUCCGCCGCCCCUGCACAGUCCACUGGGUAAUGGGCCAACAAAUCACAGUCACAUGUCCGGUGGACCAGGUCCAGGCCCGGGUCCUGGGCCGGGCGGUUUAGUUGGACCCGGUGGCAUGUCGCCAGCCAACAGCAACAACAACAAUAACAAUAACAACAGCAACAUGAUGGGUGGCAAUGCGGCCAACAACAACAAUAGCAAUAAUAAUAAUAAUAAUAACAAUAACAACAAUGGCAGCAAUCCCAACAACAGCAACAACAAUCAAAAUCCUCAUCCACAUCUGUCGCCAGCGGCGGCAGGUGGCCGUCUGGGCGGUGUGCCCAAUGCAAUGCAAUCGAACGGUCCAAUGCCAGUGGCGUCUUCGGCAGCAUCGACAUCGGCGACGACGACGUCAACCUCGGUAACAGCGACCACAUCAGUGCCUACGUCCUCACCAGCGCCGCCCGCCAUGUCACCGCAUCAUGCGUUAAAUAGCGCCGGUCCCAGUCCGGGCAUGCCCAAUUCUGGGCCCAGUCCGUUGCAGUCGCCAGCUCUAAGUGGCGGUCCUGGCAGCAACAACAGCAACAACAACAACAACAUGAGCAACAACAAUGGACCCAUGAUGGGCCAGCAAAUGAAUCCAAAUGUUCCUAUGCAGCAGCAGCAGCAACAACAGCAGCAACAACAACAACAACAACAACAGCAGCAGCAACAACAGCAACAACAACAGCAGCAACAACAGCAGCAACAACAGCAGCAGCAACAGCAGCAGCAACAACAACAGCAGCAGCAGCAGCAGCAGCAGCAUGGCCCCAUGGGCGUCCAUAUGGUUGGACCACCGGGCGGACCAGGUGCACCUGGUCACGGCCCUGGUGGUCCCAUGGGCAUGGGCAUGAAUCAAAUGCUGCCGCCUCAACAACCGCCACACCUUGGAGGACCACCGCACCCGCAGCUUAUGAAUCAUCCGCACCCGCAUCAUCCGCAUCCAGGUGGUCUACCUCCACAUCACAUGAUGGGACCUGGACCGGGCAUGCAUGGUCCCGGUCCUGGCGGCAUGCCACCCCAUAUGGGCGGUGGCGGCGGUAAUCCGCACAUGAUGGGUCCACACGGCAAUGCUGGCCCACACAUGGGUCAUGGUCAUAUGGGCGGUGUGCCCGGACCUGGUCCGGGACCAGGCGGCAUGAAUGGACCGCCACCGCAUCACGGAAUGCCACCUCACCACGCACACUCACACCCACAUCAUCACAGCCACGGACACAGUCCGAUGGGCGGGCCGAACAUGUUUGGCGGUGGCGGCGGUGGUGGACCCAUGGGUCCGGGUCCAAUGGGUAAUAUGGGUCCCGGCCCCAUGGGUGGUCCAAUGGGCAACAUGGGCGGCCCUAUGGGCAAGCCCAUGACAAUGAGCGGUGGCAAAAUGUAUCCACCGGGUCAACCAAUGGUCUUCAACCCGCAGAAUCCAAACGCGCCGCCCAUUUAUCCAUGUGGCAUGUGCCACAAGGAGGUUAACGACAACGAUGAGGCGGUCUUCUGUGAAUCCGGUUGUAAUUUCUUUUUUCACAGAACCUGCGUGGGACUGACGGAGGCGGCCUUUCAAAUGCUCAACAAGGAGGUGUUUGCUGAGUGGUGCUGUGACAAGUGUGUGUCUUCCAAGCAUAUACCCAUGGUCAAGUUCAAGUGCUGAAGAACCACCAACAACAACAAGAACAACAACGAUGAUAACAACAACAAUCACCACCAGCUAGCACUCAUUCACUCUGUAUAAAUAUAUCCAAGCAUUAACUAUUUUAAUUGUAGGGUUUAAGCAGUUUAAGGUAACCCCCCACAUACAUCAUACCGCAUGCGCUCAGAAUAGUCAAAGGUCCCCAACGAAACCCUCAAUUUAAAUGCAAAGACUCACUAUAUAUAUGUAUAUACUAUAUAUAUAUGUGUGUGGCCGGAGCAGUGUUGUGAUUUUUCGCUUCGGCCAGGCUCAAUGCGCGCAUCCUUAACAAAAGCAAAAUCAAACCUUAAGCGACACUGAAAACACAAGAUAUGUAUGCUAAUUGUAAUAUAGUAUAGCAUAGUAUACAUAUAUAUAUAUAUAUAUAUAUAUAAAUCUAUAUCUGUAUCGCAUGUGAGACGAUUCGUUGUUGUCAGCCUAGAAAGCAUGAUAAGCAGAAAGUAACGGAAAUGGCAGAAAACAAAAGCAACAGAAAUCUGAAAUACACACUGAAAAAGGCGAAACGUCGAUAACGAAAGCCAAUAUCAAUCUACUCUAGUGUGUAUUAAAAACAAAAAAAAAAAGGCAAAAUUAUGAAUUAAAAAAAAAAAAUCGGGAAAUUCAAGAAUGAAUAUAACGUUAAAUUCUUAAGCAAAAUGAUAAGGAAAAGCAGUUUAGAAGCGAACACAAAACGUUAUUUUUACAAUUUGUUUUCGAAUUAUUAGAGUUUUAAGUGUGUGUGUGUGGAGUGCAUGCAAAUACUAUACAUAUAUAUAUAUAUAUAAUAUACACACAUAAGAUAUCUUUAAAAUUAAAUAUCGAUCUGACAAUGAGCAUACAAAUUGUAACGUAAACAAAAUUUAGCCGUGUGUGUGUGAAAUUGUUUUCAACAAAAAGUCUUUCGUGUGGUGUUUUUUACUCUUGCGUCAAUUUUGCAUAAACUUUUUAAACAAAAAAAAAAAAACUAAAGAAAGAAUACUUAAUAUGUAUGCUAAGCGAAAGAGUAUUGACGUAUCGAUUGAACUGAUAAGGCGAUUGGGUAUUUACAAAUUAUUAAAGUUCGAUAAGCAAUAUAUAGAACACGGAAUGCGAGUGAAAUCGAUUGCGAACAAAAGAAAGCACAAGAAAUUAUUAAAUAAAUGCAGCGAAACAGAAUUAAUUUAAGCAUUAAAAGUUAACGCGUGAAUUCAAAA